AGCCACUCUCUCUCUCUCUCUCUCGCUCUCUCUCUUUCCCUCUCUCCAAUCCAGAGAACAGAGAACUGUCUGGAAAUUUCAAUCAGAGGAGCAGAAAAUAGGUAAAAGAGGGGUAUAAUUAUAAAACGAGAUGGGAUCCGCAACUACUUUUCUCAAAGUGGUCGCACAGAAUUUCGAUGUUCUUGCGGGGCCUGUGGUUGCCCUGGUUUAUCCCCUAUACGCUUCGAUCAGGGCAAUAGAAAGUAAAUCCCCAAUCGAUGAUCAGCAAUGGCUCACGUAUUGGGUUCUGUAUUCUCUGAUUACUCUCUUCGAGCUUACUUUUGCGAAAGUCAUCGAAUGGCUACCUUUCUGGUCUUAUGCAAAGCUGAUUGUCACCUGCUGGUUGGUCUUACCAUACUUCAGUGGUGCUGCAUAUGUUUACGAGCAUUUCGUCAGGCCAUGCUUUGUGAACCCACAAACCGUUAACAUUUGGUACGUCCCACGAAAGAAGGACAUCUUAAGUAAGCCAGACGACAUUCUAACAGCUGCAGAGAAAUACAUCGAAGAAAAUGGACCAGAGGCUUUUGAGAAACUCAUCAGCAAGACCAGUAAGGAGUCAAGGUCCCUGAGGACUGCUAGUUACCAUGAGGGGUCAAUGAGUAGUCCUAAUUACAGCGCCUUCGACGAGGACGAUUACAAUGCCCGUGAUUCAUUCAACUUAUUCCACCACCCAGUUCAUCAGGUUUACACAUAACAAUCGUUGAAGCCCAAUCAACAGUCUCUUUCGACAGAGUGUACUGGCUUUUGUUAGAGCUUUAUUACACCACAUAAAGAGUGUACUUGCUUUUGUGGUUGAUACUUGAUAAGCUGUCAUGCUCACCUGAUAUUGUAAUACCUGCUGUUUUCGCUGCUUGUUGAUAUACACAUCACUCUACAACUAAUGCUGUGGACAUACACUGUAUAUUGCAAACAUCUCACCAUGUAAAUCUUACAUGUGUCGUUUUUUCGUUC